CCGAGCUGAAUGUGUGGUAGCUGAUACAGAGGGCACUUUUGUUUGGGAGCUCCCAGCAACUGCAUCCAGUAGAAAGAUAAGUACAACCCCUUGUGUACCUGACAGUACAGCUAAGUAAAUAAGCAAAUCUCAGGUGUCUCUGGGUCGGAUCCUGCAUCCUGAGGUGUGUGUGCUCUCUUUCUCUCUGGAUACCUGUGAAUACAGCGUGGGGAAGAUGUUUCUGCAGAAAAUACAGAGAAAGAUAAAAUACCCUCUGGUGACCCAUGAUCUCAAGAGUCCUUAAUGCUGCAUGUCCUUCAUGACAGACACUGAAUAAAACCACCUGGAUGGGAAGGACUUUUAUUAGUUGUGACCCUCCUGGAUUUACCAUACCCAGUUCAUUUAAUCUUCAUCAACAUGGAGAGAGUUUGCCUUAGAAGAGACUUGUGCCAUUUUUGCCUGGAGCAGAAUAACUCUACGAUGCACCGCUGCUGGCUGCUUGCUUGAAGGAAGCGAAAAUCCAUUCAAGAGAGACUCUUCUUCAUUGCCUCAUCCUAUGGAGGAAUCACCACUGCCCAUCUACAUUGAGGAGGGGACAGAAGUCCCGAUUGCCAAAAAGGAGUUGAUUGCUCUUGGCAUCAGGCAAAUCUGGACCCAGAAGACCACAGAAAGCAAAAAUAUGGCAACAAAGGAAAAGCUUCAGUGCUUGAAAGAUUUCCACAAGGACAUCCUCAAACCUUCUCCUGGCAAGAGCCCGGGGACACGGCCGGAGGAUGAGGCAGAAGGAAAGCCGCCCCAGCGGGAGAAGUGGGCGAGCAAGAUUGACUUUCUGCUGUCCGUGGCUGGUGGAUUUAUUGGUUUAGGCAACGUCUGGCGGUUUCCGUAUCUCUGCUACAAAAAUGGCGGAGGUGCAUUUCUUAUACCUUAUUUCAUUUUCCUGUUUGGGGGAGGUCUUCCCGUGUUUUUCCUGGAGGUGGUGCUAGGACAGUAUACCUCUGAAGGUGGAAUUACAUGCUGGGAAAAGAUCUGCCCUAUAUUCACUGGAAUUGGUUAUGCUUCCAUAGUGAUUGUGUCCCUUCUGAAUGUGUACUACAUCGUGAUCCUGGCCUGGGGACUCUACUACCUGUUCCAGUCGUUCCAGAGCGUCCUGCCGUGGGCACACUGCCACCAGAAGUGGAACACGCCGACCUGCGUGGAAGACACUCUCAGGAAGAACAAAACACUCUGGAUAUCACUGAAUGCCACUAACUUCACUUCUCCUGUCACAGAGUUUUGGGAGCGGAAUGUACUGAGCUUGUCAUCGGGAAUUGAAGAUAUUGGUAUUAUCAAGUGGGAUCUAGCACUGUGUCUUCUCCUUGUCUGGGUGAUAUGUUUCUUCUGCAUUUGGAAAGGAGUCAAAUCCACUGGGAAAGUAGUGUAUAUCACUGCCACAUUCCCGUUCAUCAUGCUCCUUGUUCUACUCAUCCGUGGUGUGACCCUUCCUGGAGCUGCAGAAGGCAUCAAGUUUUAUCUUUAUCCUGAUAUCUCACGGUUAGCUGACCCACAGGUCUGGAUAGAUGCAGGGACACAAAUCUUCUUCUCAUAUGCAAUCUGCUUAGGAGCAAUGACUUCCCUGGGGAGCUACAACAAGUACAAAUACAACUGCUAUAGGGACUGUUUGCUGCUGGGAUGCCUGAACAGUGGUACCAGUUUUGUGUCUGGCUUCGCAAUUUUUUCCGUCCUGGGCUUCAUGGCACAAGAGCAAGGGGUGAACAUUGCUGAUGUGGCAGAGUCAGGUCCAGGCCUGGCCUUCAUUGCCUACCCAAAAGCUGUGUCCAUGAUGCCGCUGCCCACCUUUUGGGCAAUCCUUUUUUUUAUUAUGCUUCUGUUGCUUGGACUGGAUAGCCAGUUUGUUGAAGUUGAAGGACAGAUCACGUCAUUAGUUGAUCUGCACCCAUCCUUCCUAAGGAAGGGUUACCGACGGGAAAUCUUCAUCGCUAUAGUAUGUUUCCUUAGCUAUCUUCUGGGACUAACUAUGGUGACUGAGGGUGGCAUGUAUGUUUUUCAACUCUUUGACUACUAUGCAGCUAGUGGUGUAUGCCUUUUGUGGGUUGCAUUCUUUGAAUGUAUUGCUGUAGCCUGGGUUUAUGGCGCUGAUAAUAUUUAUGAUGCCAUUGAGGAUAUGAUUGGAUACAGACCUGGUCCCUGGAUGAAAUGGAGCUGGAUUGUGAUCACACCAGUUCUUUGCGUGGGGUGCUUUAUCUUUUCUUUGGCCAAGUACAAACCACUGACCUACAACAAGGUCUACACAUACCCAGACUGGGCGAUUGGCCUGGGCUGGGUUCUUGCCCUUUCCUCCAUGAUCUGCAUCCCUAUGGUGAUGGUCAUCCGCAUCAUACAGUCAGAUGGGUCGCUUAUUGAGAGGAUAAAAGCGGUGGCUGCCCCCAAGGAAGUGAAUCGAUGGUCCAAAGAAACGGAGAGUGGCACCCCCUUCUGCCCCAAUGGAACUUCGAAUGGCGGAUUGAUCAAGCCAACUCAUAUCAUUGUGGAAACCAUGAUGUGAGCUCUCUCUGUGAGAGGAUAAACCUGCUUUAACUGCCGUUUACUAACCAUAGAUUCUCAUAGGACCAGGUUUACAGAGCUUUAUAUUUGCACUAGGAUUUAUUUUUAUUUCUCACAGAGAAAGUUAUUUUUUGUGUGUGUUUUUUUUUUAAUAUUUUGUAAGGUAAUCACAGCAGAUGUCUCUCUGUAGAGGGAGAGCUUUCAUAUCAGACUAGACAUAUUACAGGAAUUUACUAUUAUUGGGUUUUUUUAAAUAUAUAUAUCUUUAUCUCUAAAUACUAUACACCUUACCACUUGAAUUGAUUGUCUUGCCAGCAAUAUAUUCAAGUCUCAGAAAGCAAUUUUAGGUGCUGGUAUGGUUGGGAGCAGGGUGACCUACAGAACACACAAAAGGAGCUCUGUGGAGAGAUACGAUUAAAAAAAAAAAAAGAUGCUGUUUCAAGAGAAUUUUCAAAGGUGUAGUAUUUCCACCCUCUGGUUCAAUUGUGGUAAACGACAGGCUUCAGGGUCACAUUAGGGAAAGGGUACAGUUAUGUUUAGCACAGCCCCUGAAUGAGGAUACAGCCGGGCAGCUGGAGCAGAGAGUUUGCGAGGGAGGCAGAGAAGCUGGGUGAGGAAAGCCUUGUGGCUGUCCCUCCCCAGCACGGCGUUGGGACCCUGUCACACUGAGGAGAGGAGGAUUUUAGGAAGGCGUUUGCAGGAUUUGGCAUGGUUCACUCUUUCUUUUUUUUUAACUUUUUUUUUUUUUUUUAAGGUUUUGGGUAUUUUUUUUUUACUUAAGUGAAAUGCCUACUGUUUGUGCAUGAGCAGGGAGGUUGAGCACCUGCUCCUGAGUUUUCCAGCAAAACAUGUUUUAAUGUGGUGGCACUGGUGUAAGCUUGAAUUCUGCAAAUGGGGAGGGGCAGCCUGUCCCUGGGGCAAGGGAGCUGAGAGGGGAAAAGCAGCAGCUGCCCACAGCUCUUGGGGCUUCUGAGGUGGGCUUGCUUAUUUGUUUGCCUGCUGACUAUUGGACUGAGAUUUUGGGCAGAGAAAUAAAAGAAUCCCUUGUGGACUCUGACUAUCCAAAGGUGAACACAAACCAGGUCAUCCCCGACAGGAGGAACAAAACCACUCACCUACACCUGGUGUAACAAGUAAUUACAACAGACAAGUUGUUAAUAAUAAUAGCAAUGACGAUAAUAAUAUCACUCAGCGAACAGGUGCUUUUCAGCCAUGUAUCUCAAAAAUGCUUUGCCAAGUUCGGUAACCAGGAUUUGCUUUAUUUAUUUAUUUGGGGGGAGGAGGGAGGUGGUUACUGUUGAGGGAACAGACAAGAGGAUUAUUUCCCUUGUCCCAGCAGCAGUGGACCUAAGGCCCCCAGUCUCCUUGCCCGUCAUUUGGUUAAACCAUAAUUUUUAUUUUUUUUUUAGGGGAAAUAGAGGGUGGCAGACAUAUUUAUGAGGCUUAUGAAUCUUAUCUGCUGAAGAACCAGGGCUUUUGGAAUUUUAAGUUAAACCAAAGGGAACAUGUAACACUGAGAUGUUUUGUGUUUGGUCAGAAGGAAUCAUGUACCGUUCCAGGUUAGACUGGGGAGUAAAAGAAACCACUACAAGGAGAGUAGUCAUGGGGGUUCCACUUCGUGUGAGCCGGGUGGAUGUUUCCAUGGGGAAUUGCUCCAUUAAGACUGUUCAAAACAUGGGCAAAAGCCUUUUCUUUUUCUUAUUUUUUUCCUUUAAAAAAAUAAACUUGAGCAGGUUGUGCUGGGAACAGGUUCUCUGGCAAAACUCAGCCUUUUCUUUUGGGCAUUGUAUUAGAGGGAGAGGGUUUUUUCUUCUUACGAUACUGCAGUUAGGCUAUCCAAAGGAAUUUAGAGGAAAAGCUUAAUAGAAAGCAGAGUUUAUAUCUGCUUAUUCUGCUGUCAGGGCAGAGUUUGUCAUUUAAAAAGGAACAUAUCCAAUUCUUAACAUUCCUACACAGUAGUUUUAUUUUAAUUUUUUUCUUGUCCCAUGGGCUAACUGGCCACAGCAGCACAAACACUUGUUGAUUAGCUUGUUGGUUUUCCUGUAACAGAAAAGGGGUGAUUUAAAACUGAGAUGGACCAAAAUAAUUUUAAAAACGAAAAAGUGGCUGCAUCUAUAACUUUCAAAAUCUUUCUAGUUUGAAUUUGUACACAUUUUUACAUCAGAUGGCAGAGUUGCAGCAACAAAACCAGCCACUGCAGAAUUGCUUUUGUUUUCUUUUUCUGGUUGCUCUAUUAUGAGAGUUAUAAAUGAAACUUUUCCACAGCUGGAGAUGGGAAACAUCUAAUGACACCUGCUGGGACAGUGGCAAUAGCCAUCUGAAGGUCACUGGAAGAACUCUGUGAGCCUGUGGGUGUCAUCAAAUGUGCCUAAAAUAAACAUGAAUACAGCUAAUUUAUUUUUUUUUUUUUAAAUAGCCUUUAACCAUAAAAGGCAAGGAAAUGUAAUCAAAGAUAACUCUCUUAGCAGGCUUCAGCUUGGACCCUCGUUUUUGAGUUACAAUUAGUGUCUGCAGUAAACAGGCACAUUUGCCUGGGUGAAGAGGGAGUAGCAGGUUGGGGGGGUCUAAAUUAAUGGUUUCUGUGAGUGCAGAUGAAACACUGAUGCUUGGGUUAUUUUUUUUUUAUUGUAUACAUUGUCAUACAACAGCGUUUGAGAUAUAGUUUGCACGUCACUUUCGUGCUAUAGAGCUGAGACAAGCUUUAGUUAGGGAUAAAAAUGGUUUGGCUACAUCAGAGAUGUCUCCAGCAAGUCAGAUGGGUAUUUAGCCAUCUCCCACGUUGUGGAGAGCAUCUUUGCGUGAAGAACCAGAGGGUUAAUACUACACCUUUUAAAGUACAACUACUAGAGAAAUAGAACCCAGCCCCAUUUCGAUAUAUGAACUGUGCCAUUCAAAUCAGUCGCUUCCAUGUACCAAGUGAAAAUGUCUCGCACAUAUGCAACAACCUCAUUGAAGCGUUCUCUAUGUCAACUCCUCUGGCCCUGCUGUGCUCUUCAGCGUGACUGCGAGGGAGGGCUGGGGCUCACGAAGAGCUAAGAAAUUAUUGUUUCUGGAAAGCAGUUCCCUUCUCCCCCCCUUCCCUCCCUUCCAAAAAAUAUAUAUAAUUAAUUCUUCUUGUUUUAGCUGGGGUUUGAGUUCCAAUGAGCACACUCACAUUUUUACAGUUUUGGGGGAUUUUUUCCUAACACUUUUACCAGAUUUCUGAAAUUUUCUUGGUGAUAAAUUUGCAUUUCAAUAUGAUCCUCUGCCAAAUUUAUUAAAAAAUAAUUUUUUAAAAAGUCUGUGUUUUCUACCUAUUUCUGACUGCAAAUACAACUGAUUUUUUUUUCCUAGUUUCAUUGUUUUAACACUUGUGACCUAUUUUACCUGUUUUAUGUAAAUGAGGAACUCUAUAUUAAAAUAUCAUGACUAGUUAUAGAUGAACUGGUUUGGAUCCUGGAAAAAGUUAGUGCAGUUUUGCCAUGAGAUCUUUAGAACCAGAUCCCUGAUUUAAAAACCAGGAUAAAACGAGACAAAACCCACCCACACCUUUUCGUAUUUCAUGUACCUUUGUAUUCAUGGGUUCUUCUGCGCUUGAAACCGGCAGAAUUUCAGCAGUAUUUAGUUCCAGCUGAACUGAAAUCAAGAGAUCGUAGAAAUGUAAAGGGGAACAUUUACCCCACAAGAUUCUCUGACCUGUUUCUUGUUUUUCUCGAUUUUCCAAACUUUUUCAGUUCACCUGUCACUAGUUAUGAUCUCACUGAAUGGGCAUCUAUUGUAAGGGACUUUACCAGUAGUCUGUAUUGCGGUAUUUGAACAGUAUGAUUUCAUAAAUAGAACUGGUUUUUAUUGUUGUUGUUGUUAUCGUUCUCAUUUUCCUUCUCAUCCAUAGCUUUCCUUUUUGUCUGGUCCAAACAGAUCCACAAACUUAGAAAAGUCCUUUUUAAAGUGUGAGAUAGUAGGUCCACAACGGAUUUGUUCUUGUGUUGUAAAUGAAAAUCCAAACGCCUAGCAGCUGCGUUUGCCAUCUAGAACAACGCUGGUGGUCACCCUGCAGCAGCAGUGCGGCUCCCGGAGCGGAGGGGAGUUAGGAAUGGUCUGCUGAAACAGCUCAGCAAAACUGAUUUUCGCUGCUGUUCUUGGGGAGAGGAGGAAAAAGAAAAAAAAAAAAAAAAGAAAAAAAAAAAGGUGCAGCCUUACAGUUGCUGUAAGACAAAAAACCACCCCAACAACCAUCACCGUCAGGAUGGCAUCUUCUGCAGCUGUUCUCAGUCCUUUGUGUAUCUUCCUUUCUCAACUGCAGAUACUCUUGGUUCCUCUUCUCUGUCUCAGCGUUAGACAAGUCAAGUAGAUCUGAAGACACAUGGACAUUUCCAUUCGAUAGGCCUUUUACAAGUCUCCUCCCGGUCUGCUUUUAUUUGCUAAGGAGACUUACAGUUUCGGUGAGGUUGUGCUUGUCACACUUGGGUUCAAAGCUCCCACUUGUUGCAUCAAUGUCAAAACUCCAUCUGUGGGAGAAGGAUUUGAACGUUUUUUGAAUAACUGAUUAUUAGCUUCCAUGUCUUGUGGUCACUGCAGGAUCACUCAUGGAGGCAUAAUGUAUAUAAAAUGUUAAUAAGCUGUGUAUUGAAUGGAGUGGACAAGUUAGUUAAGCAGCUCAAAUACACUUGGAAGAAAGAUGACCUUGACAUCAUUUCCAGGAGAUUCAAUGCAAGUUGCUCACUUUCAGUAAAAAAAAAAAAAAUAAAUAAAUAGAUCUGUGUUUAAAUAGACUAAUAGAUGAAAUCUUUCACCCUCAUAUGCAUGCACACAACAUUGUGAGGACAUUGCUUCUAUUCCUCGGCUGUGAAUCGUGUGUGUUAAGUAUUGUGGGGCUGUUUAGGAUGAGGCGUGAGAAGGCUGUUCGUAAAUUGUGGGUGGUUAAAGAGGGAAUGUUAUGACAAAAUCCUGGACUGUGGCCUCUCCAAGGAAGCCUUGAGGUUGAACUUGAAAACUCUCCUGGCGCCUUGUAAGCACCACGUGGCUCCUGGUAUGGGAGGUUGGGUGUGGCGAGGCUUCAGGCAGCUGCCUUGGACUUGUUUUCUCCAAAAUCAGCAUCCAAAGCCUUGUGGUUAGCCCUGACGUGUAUUUGUGUAUUUGUAUAUUUGCAUGAACAAAGGUCAGGAACCAUCAGCCCCAGUAGCUCAAUUUACUUCUUAUAGUUCAAGAUAAGCUUAAGACAGUAAGCAUUCAGUUAACACUUGAAAGCCCCAAAACCCCUUUGAAAUAGUGCAAAAAAAAAAAAAAAAAAAUCCCCUGAGCUCCAUACUUUAGUCACAAAAAUUUUCUGUCAAUCAGUAUCAAUGGUCAAUUUGAGUUUACAAGAAAGCUUGAACAAAAAAGAGUUGUACGUAAGCAGCACUAGCCCCAGCUGGAAAACUGCCCGUUCCAGUCCUGCAUCCUCCACUGAAUCAUGGCUUUUUCUGCCUGCCCAAAAUAAAUCUGUACAUGGACAAUGCUUCUCUGCUUAAAAAACAAACAAACAAAAAAAAAAAGGUGAAUUUGUUUGUUUCUAGUAAAAAAUAAACAGAAAGAGUAAAUUUUUCGUGUGAUUUUUUCCAAUUGUCAUUGUGAACAGGUGAUUUCAAUUUACUAAAGAGCAGGAAAAGCAUCAGACACCAUUUGACACAAAAAAAAUAACAAAAAGAGGCAGGCUUGAAAUUUUACAGACUGAAAGUCUUAACUAAGCACACACCUCCCAUCCCCCAAAAGGAGGAAAACUUUAGUGACAGGGCUUGUCACUGGAAAAGGUCCUGGCCUUGCUGGACUGGCAACACAGAUACGGCCUUUUUGUAUCGCUGCUGUGUCUUAAUUUGGAAUAAUCAGUAACAGUGUCAUAAUUGAAUCCCCACAAGCUUUACACAGCCCUGAGCUUUAGGGGUAAAGCAAAUUAAAGGCAUUUUUAGAAAGGAGCGAGUUUCUGGAGUUUUCCUCCCUGGGGUUUGGGUCUGUGGUGACCAGCAGGACAGUGCUGCUCGCAGUCACAUUUGCAACACAGAGAGAACAUGGCCCAACUAGAAAAAUUGGAAUAAAUAAUGGGGGAAAAUACAGUUUUAAAAGCGAGUCUUGAUUACGCUAAGGAACUGUGCAUGUGUGCUUUUGUGUGCCUGCAUAUGUGGGGAAGGCUUUGGUCCUGUAGCGUAGUACAUGUUAGCAUGCUACAUAUUUUUCUAAAUCUGCUUCUGCAGUUGAGAUGUUAAAAAGAUUUGAUUAUUUUUUUCAAUAUAUAAAGAAAAAAAAAAUGAGAACAGUGGCAAAAUCAUGUUGAGAGGCUGAAAAAUAAAUAAAAAAAAAAUCCUGAGGGGGCAAGUUGAGUUAGUUUGUCAUCUGCUCCUGUCCUGGAAGCCAGCGAUGGUCUCUCAGCAUUGCAGCAUCCCAGUACUGUUCCGAAGUGCUCGUUGUUCAAUAGGAUGUUGUUUUUUUCUCCAGUGUAAUGUUGUGAUUGUUACCUGAUGACGUUGCCAGGGACUUCACGUUAUAAGAGGUGGUCCAUCUUGUUUGAUGUAUUUGGCUAAAAAAACAGUGGUGGUUUUUUUUAUUAUUUAAAUUCCUAUCAACUGUGACUACAGUAAUGUGAUGAGUAGCACAUACAGCGAGGAGGCGGUGUCGACAAUGGCCUCCUUAAAAAUGUCAUCUGAACUUUUUUUAAAAAAAAAUCUUAAAAAUAUUUUUAAAACAUUUUAAAACAUUUUUUGUGUGUUCAAAAUAUUUGUAUUUGGAAAAAAUCCUGGAGUGUAAUUUAAUCCUAAAACCCUAGCCUUUGUGUAUAUGGUAAAUGUUUGUAUUUUGCAGUUUCUGUUUUGCUUUUUAGAUAAAUAAAAUGUAUAUGGAUAUUUUUAAGUCAUCUUUGCUUUUUUAGAUGAGUUUGUAAUCACCUUAUAACUGAAAAUAAAACUUUCCUUUAUAAACCA